GGGGGAGGUGCGCGCGCCGAGGUCCGCGUAACUAGCGGGGGCGCGCGCGCGGCGCGGCCUCCCCUCCCCCACCCUCCCUCCACUCCCCUCAGGGCCCGCGGCUCCCCGAGGUGGGCUCUUGCGAGGCCUAGCGGGGGCGGGGCCUGGGGCCGGGCUCGAGCCGGGGCGCCCCUCCCCGCCUCCGCCUCCGCCUCCGCCCUCGCCCAGUGCUCUGGCGGCUCGGGCCUGGUCAACGCGAGCUCGGGGCAGGGUAGCCCGCGCCACCGUCAGGUUGCUAGGAUGAUUAUGCAGAUCUCUCAGAUAUAGGGAAAAAAUUCAGCCACCUCGCCCAGAUUCUGCAAUCCCUACGAGGCUGCAUCUGAAAUACUGAAGAGAAAUAUAAAAGCUGGAAGUAUUUAUCACCAGUAAACCUACACUACUAGAAAGAAAGUCUAAAGGAAGUCAUUCAAGCAGAAGGAAAAUGGCACCAAGUGGAAAUAUGGAUCUACACAAAGAAGUAAAGAACACCAGAAAUAGUAAUUACCUGGGUAAAUAUAUAAGAUUUUUUCUUAUUAUGUAAAUCUCUAAAAGAACUGACUGUCUAACAAUGUGUUGUGGGGUUUAUAGCAUAGUUAUAAGUAAAAUACAUGACAAAAAAAGGUAGGAGCAAAGAAAUGGAAGUGUACAAUUUAAGGCUCUUUUAUGUAAACUGAUAUCACUGGAAAGUACUCUGUAAUUAAAGAUGUAUACUAUAAACACUAAAGCAACUACUAGUAAAACAAGAGUUUAGCUAGUAAGCCAACAAAGAAGAUAAAAUGGAGUAAUAAAAAAUAUUCAGUACAAAAAUAGGCUGAGGGCUUCCCUGGUGGCGCAGUGGUUGAGAGUCCGCCUGCCGACUCUCAACCCAGGGGAUGCGGGUUCGUGCCCCGGUCUGGGAGGAUCCCACAUGCUGCGGAGCAGCUGGGCCCAUGAGCCAUGGCCACUGAGCCUGUGCGUCCGGAGCCUGUGCUCCUCAAUGGGAGACGCCACAGCUGUGAGAGGCCCGCGUACCGCAAAUAGAAAAUAAAUAGCAUUCAUUAAUUACUGUGGUGGUUUUAAUGUAUGUCCAAAAAUUUUUCAGUAUUCCUUUCUCCAGAAAGUGAAGCUCAAUUCUCCUCCCCUUAAGUGUGAGCUAGACUUUGUGAUUCACUUCUACCCAAGAGGGUAUGAAAAGGGAAAAAAAAAAAGUAACUUUGCAGUGGAGAAACAUGGCAGACACCACCUCAACCAAAUGAUCAAGAUUUACAUCAGCAGUAAGUCAUGAUGACACAAUGCACCUCUAACAUGAUGUGAUGGGAAGAGUACUUCACUUUUGUGGUAGACUUCCUCACGAUCCAUAAUCCCAAUCUAAUCAUGAAAAACAUCAACCAAACCCAAAUUGAGGGGCAUUCUACAAAACACCUGAUCAGUGACCUUCAAAAGUGUCAGAGCCAUGGGAAAUAAGGAAAGACUGUGAAACACAGAAAGACAGAUUGGAGGAGACUAAGGGGUCAUGACAACUAAAUGCAAGGUGAUAGUGGAUUGGAUCUUGGAAAAAAGGACAUUCGUGGAAAAACUGGUGAAACCCAAAUAAAGUCUGUUGUUUAACUUAAAAAAAGAAAAGAAAUGGCAAGAUGAUAGACUUAAACUUAACCACGUCAGUCAUUAAAAUGAAAAUAGUCUAAACACCCCAAUUAAAAGGCAGUGAUGGUCAGAUCAGAUUAAAAAACUGUGACCAAAGUAUAUAUGCUGUUUACAAGAAAUACAAAUGAAAUAUAAAGCCACAAUUAGGUUUAAAAGUAAAAGGAUGGGCACCCGCCCCCACAGGGGUGGGGAGACUCAGCCCCUCAGGUGGGCAGAGACCAACCCUCCCGCGGGGACCUGUAGGCCGCCCCUGAGGACUCGCAACAGAGCCCAGUGCAACUCUUGUCCUUGGACUGGGUGCCAUGGACGCCUUUAUCAGCUUCACCAACCAGACCCAGGGCCGGGACCAACUCUUCAGAGCCGCUAAGUAUACAUGCAUGUUGCUUAGAUAUUUGUUAGAGCCUAAAGCUGACAAAGAGGAGGCUGUUAUGAAGCUCAAGAAACUGGAGUCCAGUGUGAGCUCUGGCCGUAAAUGGUUCAGACUAGGCAAUGUGGUACAUGCUGUACAGGCGACUCAGCAGAGCCUUCAUGCCACUGACCUGGUGCCCCGCGUAUGCCUAACAUUAGCCAGCCUGAACCUUGUGAUUUAUUUCAUCUGUGACCCCAUCAUCUUUGUGAGGAGUGCAGGGCUUGCCUCUGGCAUUAACAAAGAGAAAUGGUGAACGUGGGCUGCACGCCAUUACUACUAUUCUCUUCUGCUGAGCCUGGUCAGGGAUCUGUAUGAAAUCUCCCUGCAGAUGGAACAGGUUGCACACGACAGGGCAAAGAGGGAGAAAUCGCCAUCCCAGGAUCGUCUUGGGUAUAGCGUGGCUAAUGAGGAAACAGAAUGGCUCCAGUUCUUUCUUCUUCUCUUAUUCCGAUCUCUGAAGAAACAUCUUCCCUUGCUCCUGGACACAGUGAAGAACUUCUGUGAUAUCUUGAACCCUUUGGACCAGCUGGGGAUCUAUAAGUCCAAUCCAGGCAUCAUAGGCCUUGGAGGUCUCGUGUCCUCUAUAGCAGGCAUCAUCACUGUGGCGUAUCCUCAGAUGAAACUGAAGACCCACUGAGGUGGUUUCGGGCUGAAGACUAGUACCUGCUUUCAAGACAACCUGUUAGUGAAAUGGACAUUUGCACUAGGCACAGCCAUGUCAUGCUGUGCUUACGGACUUAUUCACAUGAGGACUGAGUGACCUGCGAUGUGAACAGAGGGGCCAAGAACGGUGGAGGGGAGAACGUGAAGGCUUAUGUGUUUUCUAGAGCGCUGGAGUGACUUAUGAAUUUCUGAGUAUUUUUCCUUCAUCUAACAUUUAUUGAACAUCUCUUACGUGCAUAUUAGGAACUUACUGGUUGCUGAACGGAUAAAAAUUGAAAGAGAAAAAUUGAAAAAGAUCCAAACUAACAAGUGGACACUAAUAUAAGCGACUUUUGGGCCAUGUGCCUCACUACUUUUGCCCAACUACAGUAGGACUGAUACACACCCUCUCUCAGAUCUAGUAGAGGCCCCUUAUUCUCUGAUCAGUUACCCCACUUCCUCCAUAGCUGCCAGUGCCAGGAUAGAGGAGAGCUGGGCUUAUAGCCUCUUAACUUGACUUUUACAUCACUGUGCUCCUGUCCUUCCUCUGUCCAGUAGUAAAAUCAGAAGUACAUCAGGCACCUUCAUAGUAUAAAUUGUGUCUUUAGGUAAUGCAGUGAGGAAACAAAAAAUCUGAAGCAGAUAGAAAGGACUUGAGGUAAAAAUAAUGUGGUAAGUCACAAUUGAUGCCUGCGGGUUUCCCUGUGACAGAUGAGGAGACUGAGGUUAAAACUGAGGACAGAACUGACUCCCAAUCCAGUGCUUUUUCCGUAUUUCACUGCCUUCCUGAUUGAGUGGAAGUGCAAGACUCUCCAGAAUACUGUGCGAAAAUCCUUUUUUAGAACCUUUCUUGGUCAGUGGUUUAUAUUCUGUUCUACAAAAAUUAAAACUAUAUCUAGAUCUACCAGUAGGAUUGUUUAUUUAAAACCAUAUAACAGUUUGGGCACUUAUGCAUUAAUUUUCAUCAAAAUUUGUGCAGUUGAGAAAUUUCACAAAAACGAUGAAAAUCUACUAUAUUCUACAAUAAAUCAGAGUUCAUAUUUGUAGGGUGGUUGGGGGAGGUAGAGAAGAGCAGUAAGGGGCUAGUGAAGAGGACAGUAGAACGAUGAGUCAAUUCCACUUACUCGUGUUUCUACUUCUCAUCUUGGAUGUUGGGUUCUUAUUUGUGAUUACAGAUCCUCUUAAUUUGAGGCAAGUGAGGUAGAGAAAUAGGGUACCAUCAGGUAAGAGGUCAGUGUCAGUCCUGCCAGUAAAGCCAUCACAUUGAUCCGAACGGAAAUGAGAAAAGAAAUGUGCACUAAGUAAAUUUCCCAUAAAUGUGAUUGAGAUUCUUAAAAAGUAGACUCACGUUCUUGGCUCUCUAUUUUUAAAGUGACCAAUCAAGAUACAGGAUUUGAGAAAGAACAUUUUGGGCAUUUUAAGAGAAAUAAAAGCUGCUAG